GGCGAUUUCAGUAAUUGACUCAGAACACCGUCAGCCAUCUCGGAAUCCAGAAGUUUUCUCGUGUUUAUCCCGAAAUAAAAUCUAAAAAACCGCAAAAAUGGUCCACAAAGUUAAAGAUACUGCUGAUUUCGACGAGCAAGUCAAGCAAGCCGGCGAUAAAUUAGUCGUCAUCGACUUUUUUGCCACCUGGUGUGGUCCCUGCAAGGUCAUCGCGCCCAAAUUGGAGGAAUUCUCGGAAAAGUAUGCCGACAAAAUUGUCGUCUUGAAGGUCGAUGUCGAUGAGUGCGAGCAGUUGACGGAACGUUUCAACAUUACCAGCAUGCCGACCUUCGUUUUCCUCAAGGGAGGCGAGACAAAGGACAGCUUUGCCGGCGCCAAUGCCGAAAAGUUGGAAAAAUUCAUUACACAAUACAGUUAAAUGGCAGCCGCAAGGCCAACACUUCUGUUUUUGCAACAACUAUUUAAGAUGAAAAAGAAGAAACGUUAUAGCACCACAGUAGCGGACAGCGCUGCUCCUAAUUUAAACAAUAAUGAAAAAGGAUAAUCGUACGCUUUAUCGUAACAUAUUUAUAUUUACAUGGAAAAAAGUAAUUCUCAGAAAGUUUUUUUUUUAAAUAUUUUUAAUAAUUUAUACUGUUGUUCGAAAUUUGCAUUAAAAAUAUUUCCAAUAAUUUUAAUUAUUUAAUAGAAGAAAAGUGGCUUAAAAAUUGAUAUUUCAAGAAAAGUUCAGAUUGUAUUUGUUAGAAGGUCUUAAAUUCAAAAAAUAAAUGUGUAAUUGAA